AUGGCGCACCGAAACCCAUUCGACAGCAAGACGUCCGCCGUCGACAUCUGCAAUGACGACGACUUCGAAAUCACCGAUCUACCACCUGAGAAGGCGGGUACCAAACAUGACCGGCGAGACAUGGCAAGAAUGGGCCAGGCGCAGGAGUUCAGGCGCAACUUCAGCUUCAUCCCCAUCUUCGGUUUCGCUGCCGUGUUGAUGAUGACAUGGGCUUCCGUGCUCACGCAGGUCUGCCUGAAGACACACACGCAGUGCUCGAGACUGAUUGCUUCGCAGCUCCGUCAGCUACAUCCUGCCAAACGGUGGCCUUCCUGCGAUGAUCUAUGUCUAUCUGGUGACACUGUUCGGUUUCGGUUGCGCCAUCUUUUCCAUGGCAGAGAUGGCUUCAAUGGCACCUACAUCCGGAGGUAAGAGCGUUGUCUCCGCCCCCGAACGAUUCGCCCCUGACAAGUGUUCUAGGUCAAUAUCACUGGGUCUCCGAAUUCGCGCCCAAGUCCUGUCAGAAGCUGCUCUCGUACAUUGUCGGCUGGUUCUGCGUCCUCGGAUGGCAGGCUGGAGUUGCCGGGCAGUGUUUUACAGUUGCAUCGAUGAUCCAGGGGCUGAUUAUUCUGAACGAUGCGACUUAUGAACCGCAGCCAUGGCACGCUGUGCUGUUGACAAUCGCCGCAGCCACGGUCGCCGUCUUGUUCAACACCUUCUUUGCUCGCAAGCUCCCGCUGCUCGAGGGACUGGUCCUCUUUCUGUUGAUCUUCGGGUUCUUUGCCAUUCUGAUCCCGCUCUGGGUGUUCGCUCCACGCCACUCAAAUACUGCUGUCUGGACUGAUUUCACCAAUGGCGGCGAGUGGCCGAACAUGGGACUGGCAUUCCUCGUGGGCUUUACGGGCCCGAUGUAUGCACUGAUCGGUCCCGAUUCGUCUGUGCACAUGGCUGAGGAGGUGAAAGACGCUUCUCGAACCAUUCCUUGGGCCAUGGUGGCUACUCUUGUCCUGAACGGUAUCACUGGCCUGGUCAUGAGCAUCACGUUCGCGUACUGCAUUGGUCCUCUGGAUGCGGCGGCAAUGCCACAGUACAACUUCGCUUUCAUUGGCACCUUUUACAACGCGACGCGUUCCCACGCGGGAGCCACAGUCAUGACUUGCGUCAUCAUGGCUCUGACCUUCUGCUCUGCCAUCAGCAACGUCGCCGCCGCAUCUCGCCAGAUGUUCGCUUUUGCUCGCGACGGAGGUCUCCCGUUCGCCAGGGUCCUCUGCUACGUUCAUCCGGGUUGGGAUAUUCCAUUCAACGCCGUCAUGGUCAGCUUCACCAUCACGGCGCUUCUGUCGCUCAUCAACCUGGGAAGUAUGGUGGCUUUCAACGCCAUCCUGUCGAUCGGUGUCGUCGCUCUCCUGACCUCUUACAUGACCUCGAUUGGAUGCAUCUUGCUGAAGCGAAUCCGAGGUGAAGAGCUUCUGCCACGUCGCUGGAGCCUGGGAGUCCCAUUUGGAUGGUUCUGCAACAUCGUAGGUUUCAUCUACGUGUGCUUGGCAUAUAUUUUCGGUUUCUUCCCAAUCGCGAACAACCCCACAACCGAAACGAUGAACUGGGCUUCAGCUGUGUACGGGGCCGUUGCCAUUUUGAGCGCUCUCUAUUAUACCGUAUGGGCGAGGCACAACUACGUGCCACCUGCCGCGAAGCUCGCGAAGGACCUAUGA